AUGUCAGAAAAAUCCAAGUUAAGCGUAGAAUUUCAAAAAAAUAAGCCACAGAACAGCGAAAUGACCCCUGAAAGACUUGCAAAUUUAAUGAAGAAAAGAGAAGAAGCGCUUAAGAGGAAGGCGCAAUUUAUCCAGAGCCAUAAAACUUCAAAUAGUGUGCCAAGCUCAGAGCGAAAACUGAACCAAGUGAAACUGAAUUUUGAGCAAAGCGAUCAGGAUAUUGUAGAGGAAGAACGUAAAAAUACAGUUUCAAUUGAAUUAUUUACAAAAGAUGAGCUAUUAAUGAAAACAAGUGUGUUUGCUUCGAAAAAUCUCAGAACUGCUAUCAUUACUUCUGGAGGCGAAUUUAAUAAAGAGCAAAGCGGCUGAGUGAUUUCUAUCAAUAAAUACCAAGAAUUCCGAGACAAGGCAAGAUUAAUAGAUAAGCUGACAUUUAAAGAACUUCCUGAGUUCGUAACAAAAGGAUUACUUAGCCCCAAAAUAGCUUUUUGCAAGAAAUGUCCUCAUAAGUAUGAAUUGGAAAGCGAAAGGACGAUUGAAAGUUUAGGAGAAGAUUUUAUUAGUAAGCUGUAUCCUUUUCAAAAAGAAGGCGUGAAAUUUGCAUUAGAACGCUAUGGAAGAGCUUUAAUUGGAGAUGAAAUGGGUGUAGGUAAAACAAUACAAGGAGUCUCCAUAGCGGCUUGUUAUGAAGACGAAUGACCAGUAUUAGUGAUAUGCCCUGCAUCAGUUAAACUGAAUUGGAGGGAUGAAUUUUUAAAAUGAGUCCCAAAUUUAACACCUAAAGAUUUUAAUGUGAUCCAAAACAGCAAGAAUUGCAAAUCCAAUGCAAAAAUAUGAAUAAUCUCAUACACACUUGCGACUAAUAUUGAAUCUUUAUUAGUUGAAAAAUCAUUUAAUGUCAUCAUAGCAGACGAGUCGCACUAUCUAAAAAAUUUUAAUGCGAAAAGGACCAAAUUUUUAGUCCCAUUUAUACAAAAAGCAAAAAGAGCUAUUCUGCUAAGCGGUACUCCAGUUCUUUCAAGGCCAGCAGAGCUUUUUACACAAUUAUCAUGCAUUCGUCCUGACAUAUUUCCAAGCUUCAGAGCAUUUGCAGAAAGAUACUGCGAUCCCAAAAUAAUUUUCAAACGAAUGGACUAUUCUGGAGCUUCUCAUAUGAGAGAGCUUCAUGUCUUAAUAUCGAACACAAUUAUGAUCAGAAGACUUAAAUCAGAUGUCCUCUCCCAAUUACCUGAAAAAAUCAGACAAAAGGUCGAAAUUCCAGUUGUGCACGAGCAUUGCCAAAAGAUAAAAAAAUCUUUUUAUGAUAUGAAGAAAAAAGCUAAAGAACCUUCAGAAUUAGGUGAAGAAAAGACUGAAGGGGAUUUAUUUUUAACUAAAGCAUAUAAUUUGACCGCAAGAGCCAAAAUGAAAGGAGUUUGCGAGUACGUUAGCUAUUUAAUACAAAGUGAAUGCAAAUUUAUUAUAUUCGGACAUCACAUGGAAAUGCUUGAUGCAAUUCAAGACCAAGUAGAAAAGGAGAAGACUGGGUAUAUUAGAAUUGAUGGGAGCACGAAUAUGGAACAAAGACAUAAAGGUGUCAAUACUUUUCAAAAUGUCAAAGACUGCAGAGUCGCUAUUUUAGGGAUUUUGUCAGCAGGACAAGGAAUUACACUGACAGCUGCGUCGAUUGUGGUGAUGGCUGAAAUGGUUUGGACACCUGGGUUUAUGAUACAAGCUGAGGAUAGAGCACAUAGGCUGGGGCAGCAAAAAGUGGUUAAUAUUCAUUAUUUGUUUGGGCCUGGAACUUUAGAUGAGUAUAUAUGGCCAAAGAUACACUCUAAGUUGACUGUAAUUGUAAGUGCUCUUGAUGGAAAUGAGAAUGAAGCACUAGAAGAUUUAAUGAAUCCUACAUGCAAAGUUGGGAUGGGGGAUUUUGAAUUAGACUCAGAUUUUGAGUUUUCGAAUGAUCCGCUUUUUAAUUUGGAUUCAGGGGAAAAAAGAUCGCAUGAUAGCGACUUUGAGGAAGAGAAUGAAACGAAAACGUUAAAAUUGUCAAAUUAG